AUGUUGGCUUUAAUGGUGCUGCAAUUUCUGCUGCUGCUUCAGACAGUGAGCGGCAUUCCUACAGCCAAAUGUGUGAUUGGUAAACCUGCUCCUAUUCUUCACAGGUAUUAUCAGUCAGGGGAGUUCACCAUUGGUGUUAUAAUGUCUCAGAUCUUCAUCAUUUAUGACCUUAUAACAUUCAGAAGGCAUCCCUCUCAGGAGUUGAUUGAUGACUUUAUGAUAGUGACACAAAACUACCAGCACAUCUUGGCCUUAGUAUUUGCAGUGAAGGAGAUUAAUGGAAACCCCCAAAUCUUACCCAACAUCACUCUGGGUUUUGAUGUCUAUAAUAAUCAUUUUAAUACAAAAUUCACAUACGAGGCCUCAUUGAAAGUUCUUUCCACACACGACAAAUUCAUCCCUAACUACAAAUGUGAUAACCAGAACAAACUGGUAAUGCUUAUUGGAGGUCCUAGUUCCAACAUCAUUGGACAGGCCGCAACAAUACUGGGCAUCUACAAGAUUCCACAGAUCGCAUAUGCUCCUGCUCCAGAUACAAAUAGCAAGCCCCAAGAUGCUUUCUUCCACUGGAUGUUCCCAAAUGGGGCCCAGCAGCAUAGGGGGAUCCUCAAGUUGUUGCUGCACUUCAGAUGGAUCUGGAUUGGAGUGCUUUACCUCAAUGUGCACAGUUCAAAGAUUUUUGUACAAAAUCUGCUUUCCAUGUUUUCCAACAAUGGUGUUUGCUUGGACUUCGUCAAAACCAUACCAGAUAUAGGAUUUUCUAAUCAACUGCAUGAAAUGGCAGAGGAGGCAUGUGGGAUUAUAAAUAUCACCAUGGAAAGCACAGCCAAUGCAGUGAUCUUUCAUGGUGACUAUCAGGCCAUAAUGAACUUAAGAAUUUUGCUCGAGCUCUCGAAGUUCGAAGGUCAAUCAGUGAGAACAAAGGUCUGGAUUAUGACAGCAGAUGUGGAUUUCACAUCAAUUCCCGUUCAAAGAAGCUGGGACAUUCAUUUCAUCCAUGGAUCUGUAUCCCUUGCAAUCUCCUCAAAGGAGGUGGCAGGAUUCCAGGAAUUUCUGCAAAUGAGGAACCCAACACUGGAAAAAGAGGAUGGUUUCCUGUGGGACUUCUGGCAAAAGGUAUUUGAUUGCUCACUCCCCAGCUCUGAUGAAGACAAGAGGGAUGGAAAUAUCUGCUCUGGGGAAGAGAAACUGGAGUCUCUUCCUGGAUCUGUUUUUGAAAUGAGAAUGACUGUCCACAGCUACAGCGUCUACAAUGCCAUCUAUGCUGUGGCACAUGCUUUGCAUGCCAUGUAUUCUUCCAUAUCAAAGCGUAGGACAGUGAUGAAUGGAGAUAGAUGGAAGGACCAGAAUAAGAAGCCACAACAGCUCCCUCACUUUCUGAGAAGCACCCCGUUUAACAACAGUGCUGGAGAAGAGGUUGCCUUUGACUAUAAUGGGGAAUUAGUAGCUGGAUUUGAUAUUAUCAACUGGGUGACAUUCACAAACCAGUCCUUCCUUAGAGCAAAAGUUGGGAGGAUAGAUCCUCAGGCACACUCAGAGAAUCUGUUCACCAUUUCUGAUGAUGCCAUCAUAUGGCCCAGCAGGUUCAAUCAGGCACACCCUAUUUCAGUGUGUAAUGACAAUUGCCUUCCUGGUUAUCACAAGACAAAGAACGAAGGGAAACCAUUUUGCUGUUAUGAUUGUCAUCCCUGUCCAGAGGGGAAGGUUGCAAACCAGAAGGAUAUGGAUAGCUGCUUCCUGUGUCCAGAGGGCCAUUAUCCAAAUAUUAACAGAGAUUUCUGCCUCCCCAAAACGAUAACCUUCUUGUCUUAUGAAGAACCUUUGGGAAUAGGUUUGGCCAUUGCUGCUCUCUCCCUUUCUUUCAUUACAGCUCUGGUGCUGGGAACCUUUAUGAAACACCACAAGACGCCCAUUGUCAAAGCCAAUAACCGGAGCCUUUCCUACACUCUCCUCGUCUCCCUCCUGCUUUCUUUCCUUUGUGCUUUUUUAUUCAUUGGUCGACCCAAUGCAGUGACGUGCCUCCUUCGACAAACCGCUUUUGGUAUCAUCUUCUCAGUGGCUGUUUCUUGCAUGCUUGCCAAAACCAUCACCGUGAUUCUAGCUUUCAUGGCCACCAAGCCAGGAUCCAAAAUGAGGAAAUGGAUGGGGUGGAAAGUGGCUGCCUCUAUUGUUCUUUCGUGCUUCCUUAUUCAAGUCACUCUUUGCACUGGUUGGCUGGCAACCUCUCCACCGUUCCCAGAACUGGACAUGCAUUCAGCUAUCAGUGAGACCAUUGUACAAUGUAAUGAAGGGUCAGAUGUAAUGUUUUAUUGUGUAUUGGGCUUCAUGGGUUUCUUGGCUACUGUCAGUUUCACUGUGGCUUUCCUAGCCAGGAAGUUACCAGACACUUUCCAGGAAACUAAAUCAAUCACCUUCAGCAUGUUAUUGUUUUGCAGUGUUUGGCUAUCCUUCUUCCCUACCCACCUGAGCACCAAAGGCAAAUACAUGGUGGCUGUUGAGGUCUUCUCCAUCUUGGCUUCCAGUGCAGGAUUAUUAGGUUGUAUCUUUUUCCCUAAAUGCUACAUCAUUUUGCUGAGACCUGAUUUGAACAAAAAGGCACAUCUAAUAAAGAGAAUGAUUUGA